UCCUGUGGAACCUGACGGGCGUUUGGGUCCCACGCGUCGUCUCGAGGGCGCUUACUUCCAUUUAAGCAGCAAUUUCCAGUUCUAACGCCGCACUCGUUGACACGUCAUCGAGUAUGAUAUUCCCGUAACGAUUGGGUGUAAAGUUUAUUUGGCUCUUUGUGGAUGCCUUCUAUCCCCGCGUCGGACACACUCUUAAAUGAAACCCUAGCUCAGAUCUCUCUCUCACGUCGUUGCCAAGUCAAGCUCCUACUCGCCACCGUCUCGCCCCUCCUCCCGCUCUGCAUCGCUGCUCGUGUGGUGUCCACGUGUCGCGAUUAAAGCUUACCCUCAAUGCCCAUGGGCUCGCCCAAGGAAAAGAGGACGACGGGCGCCAGCUCCGCCUCCACCUCCUCCAAGGCCCCACGAGAGGCGGCGCCGCCGGCAACUGCACUGGUCCCCCCCGAAUGGUCCGCCUCCUUUCAGGCCUUCUACGACCGGGGAGCCGCCGCUGCCGCCGUGAUGCCCCAGGCUUUCUAUUCCCCGUCACCCAUCGCAACCGCGCAGCCUGUCGUUUGGGGAGCUCAGCAAGUGAUGCCGCCCUACGGCAGUCCGAUUGCUUACGCUUCGUUCUAUCCGCAAGGGGGUUUUUAUGCUCAGCCUCCGAUAAAUGCGGGCGUGGCUUUUCGAACCCAGGAAACCGAAGGGAGGCCGACAGAGGCGAAGGACAACCAGCCGACGAGCAAGAGGACUUCCAAAAUUUUAGAGGGAUCACCAGGAAAAUCAGGGAAUGAUGGUAAAAGGGCCUCUGGUGCUGGUGAGAAUGCCUCGCAGAGUGAUGACAGUGAAACAGACGGGUCAUCAGAUACUAAAGAAGACUAUGACCAACCAAAGGAACAUUCCCCAAACAGAAAAAGAAGUUAUGGAAAUACAACUGAAGGUGAAGGUUCUCAUUCCUUUGACACUGCUGGUAAUAGCGGUACUGCUGGAAGAGUGCGGACUGCCAAAAAGCUUCCAGUCUCAGCCCCAGGACGAGCAGCAUUGCCUGGUCCUCCAACUAAUUUGAAUAUCGGGAUGGACUUUUGGGGUGCUUCCCCUGCUGGAUCUGUACCUACAAAGGACGAACGUGACCUGAGGCGGGAGAGAAGAAAACAGUCUAAUCGGGAGUCUGCCAGGAGGUCAAGGUUAAGGAAGCAGCAAGAAUGUGAAGAGUUGGCAAGGAGAGUGACUGAUUUGAACAAUGAGAACAGCGCACUCAGAGUAGAACUUGAAAACCUCCAGAAAUUGUGUGGGGAACUGGAAGCUGAAAAUAAAUCAAUCACGGGAGAAUUGAAACAAAGAUACGGGCCUGAAUUCUUAUCUGAAUUGAGCAGCAGCAUUGACGCAUCAAAGCUGCAAUCAGAUGUUGCCAGCAGUUGACCCUUUUUCAUCAAAGUCAAACUAAUUCUAACUUGUUAUACGAGGCUUCCAAGGUAGCCUUUGCCUUGUUCCACGACCACUCCACUGGCCUUGGGCUCUCGACACUUUUAGUUGAUGGAGAGGGUCUGCAUAGCUGGAUGUAUACUUAAAGAUCAAAUUAAGUAGUUUUAUGCCGUCUUUUUCUUUCUCGAUGAACCAGUUUCAGAUUGGCCUUUGGAGCGAGCUACAUUAGAUAUUUAAUAACUGGUGUUGCUGGUGUGAAAGAUUACGGAGGAUAGAAACAGCUCAAUUGAUGCUCUAACUGUCUUAAUGUAGUCAAAAGUCUGAUAUUGAUUUUUCUUAUAGUGUAAAUUGACUUGAAUUAUAGCCACAGUGUGUCAAUAUUAUUACACAAAAGAUUGAUGGUUGUGCCUGAUUUAUCUUGA